GUGAGAAGUCAGAUGGCCGUGUCCUCUGUGCUUUCCUUCAAAGUGUGUAACCCCUGGCAGGGGCUGCUGCUCACAGCCUCUCUUUUAAUGUGCUGGCACCUGUCUACCACUACCUACGUCACCAUUAAAUUAGUGCCACGCUACGUGUUUGAAGGAGAAAACGUCCUUCUCCUUGUUAAAAAUCUGCCAGACAAUCUUAUUGCCUUUAUCUGGUUCAAAGGGAUGACAGAAAUGAGCCAUGCAUUUGCACUGUAUUUCGUGACUGCUAAAGGAAAUGUGACAGGGUUUGCAUACAGUGGCAGAGAAACAAUCUACAGUAAUGGAUCUCUGCAGAUCCACAAUGUCACCCAGAAGGACAUAGGAUUCUACAUUCUACAAACCUAUAAUGAACAAGCAGAAAUUGUAUCAACAUCAUCCAUAUACCUCAUCGUUUAUUCUUCCCUUUUGACAUGUGGACACCCUCCCACCUCUGCUCAGCCCAGUAUUGAAUUAGUGCCUCCCUAUGUUGCUAAAGGAGGAAGUGUUCUUCUACGUGUUUACAACCUCCCAGAGAAGCUUCGAGCCCUUUUCUGGUACAAAGGGGUAGUCAUGUUGAGUAACAAGGAGGUUUAUCGAUACAUAAUAGCCAAGAAUUCAAGUGUGGAGGGACCUGCACACAGCGGUAGAGAGACUGUGUACAGCAAUGGAUCCUUGCUGAUCCACAAUGUUACCCGGAAGGACACUGGAUUCUAUACCCUACGAACUCUGAGCACAUAUACGAAAGAUGAAGUGGUGAUUGUCCAACUCCUGGUGGAUGCCUCCCUUUUGCCCUGUGGACACUCUCCCACCUCUACUAAGUUCAGCAUUGAAUCAGUGCCACCCCGUGUUGCUGAAGGGGGAAGUGUUCUUCUACUUGUUCACAAUCUCCCAAGCAAUCUUCGAAUGCUUUUCUGGUACAAAGGGGUGGUUGUGUUCAAGAACCAAGUGAUUUCUCGGUAUGUAAUAGCCAUGAAUUCAAGUUUUGAGGGACAUGCACACAGCGGUAGAGAGACAUUGUACAGCAAUGGAUCCCUGCUGAUCCACAAUGUCACUUGGAAUGACACUGGAAUCUACACCCUGCGCACCGUGAGCACAGAUCUGAAAGCUCAAGUGAUGCAUGUGCAACUCCAUGUGGAUGCCUCCCUUUCUACCUGUUGUAACUCUCUCACCUCUGCCCCAUUAAUGGUCGAUCAAGUGCCACAGAAUGUUGCUAAAGGGGAAAGCGUUCUUCUCCAUGUUCAUAAUCUGCCACAAGAUCUGCAAGCCUUUUCCUGGUACAAAUAUUUGUAUAAAAGCCAGCUUCAAAACAUUGCAAUAUACAGCAGUUUCACGAAGUCCAUCAUGAAGGGUCCUGCCCACAGCAGAAGAAUGGCAGUGUACACCAACGGAUCCCUGCUGCUCCAGAAUGUCUCUGAGGAAGAUGCAGGAUUCUACACACUAGAAACUGUAAACAGUGCCUUCAAAAUUGCAACAACACACACACAACUACACAUAAACUGCAUUCACCCUUCCACCACUGGCCAGCUCAUUAUCGAAUCAGUACCUCUGAACAUUGUUGAUGGGAGCAAUGCUCUCCUACUUGUUCAUAAUAUGCCAAAGAAACUUCGAUCCUUUUAUUGGUCCAAAAGGGUAGCCAUGCUCUACAAACAUUUAAUUUCAUGGAAUGAAAUAACCACGAAUAGGAGUAUUCUGGGGUCUGGAUACAGUGGUAGAGAGACAGUGUACCCCAAUGGGUCCCUGCUACUGCACAAUGUCACCCAGGAGGACACUGGAUUCUACACCUUACAAAUCUUAAAUAUGCAAUACGAAACUGAGGAGACACACGUGCAGCUCCACAUAUACAAACCUGUUACACAGCCUAUUAUUCAGGUCACCAACACCACAGUCAGAGUACAGAGCUCUGUGGUCCUCACUUGUCUCUCAUCCGACACUGGAAUCUCAACUCAGUGGUUCUUCAAUGACCAGAAUCUGCAGCUCACAGAGAGGAUGACUCUGUCCCCAACAAAGUGCCAGCUCACCAUAGAUCCUGUCAGGAUGGAGGACGCUGGAGAGUAUCAGUGUGAGGUCUCCAACCCAGCCAGUUUUCAGAUCAGUCUCCCAGUUAGCCUUGCUGUUAGGAAUGAGUGA